ACUUGCGGACUGCAGGCUGGUACAGUUUCAGAAAUCAGAAACGAUGGCAUUAAGAAGUGUGUGUAGUCUACUUGCCAAGCCACAGAGAUGUGUGCUCACUUCAGCGUUAAGAGCCAAAGCCACUACAGCACCUGCCCAGAAAGUGGUUGAGAAGAGUGGUGAGAAGAAGCAAGUCAAAGCACCUAAAGUACAGUUUAACUGGCGUGAUGCCCUUGACCUGGAGGGUCUGCUGACGGAAGAGGAGGUCAUGAUCCGAGACACAUUUCGCACCUACUGUCAAGAGAAACUCAUGCCACGGAUCGUGAUGGCUAACAGAAAUGAAGUUUUUCACCGUGAGAUUCUAUCUGAGAUGGGUGAAUUAGGUGUACUGGGUCCAACUAUUAAAGGCUACGGCUGUGCUGGAACGAGCUAUGUUGCGUAUGGACUGAUCGCGCGUGAGGUUGAAAGAGUGGACAGUGGCUACCGCUCGGUGAUGAGUGUGCAGUCCUCUCUGGUCAUGCACCCCAUCAAUGCUUAUGGAACAGAGGAGCAGAAGAAUAAAUACCUCCCCAGACUUGCAAAAGGAGAACUUCUGGGCUGCUUUGGCCUGACUGAGCCCAACCAUGGCAGCGACCCUGGAGGCAUGGAAACUAGAGCCAAACACAAUGCAUCCAGCCGAACCUUCACCCUCACAGGAACCAAAACAUGGAUCACUAAUUCUCCAGUGGCUGAUAUCUGUGUGGUCUGGGCCAAGUGUGAUGAUGGAAAAGUGCGUGGUUUCAUCCUGGAGCGAGGCAUGAAAGGUCUGAGCACACCCAAAAUUGAGGGCAAGUUCUCACUUCGUGCCUCUUCCACUGGUAUGAUCGUCAUGGAUGAUGUGGAAGUGCCAGAGGAGAAUCUGCUGCCCAACGUGUCUGGCCUGGGGGGCCCAUUUGGCUGCCUGAAUAAUGCUCGUUAUGGGAUUUCAUGGGGAGCACUGGGAGCAGCAGAGUUCUGUUUUCAUGCAGCUCGUCAAUACACACUAGACAGGAUUCAGUUUGGGGUGCCGCUGGCCAGAAACCAGCUGAUACAGAAGAAGAUGGCAGACAUGCUGACUGAGAUUACCCUUGGCCUGCAGUCUUGCCUCCAGCUGGGCAGGCUCAUCGAUGGAAAGAAAGCCUCUCCAGAAAUGAUCUCCAUGCUUAAGAGGAAUAGCUGUGGAAAGGCUCUUGACAUCGCCAGACAGGCACGAGACAUGCUAGGUGGCAAUGGCAUCGCAGAUGAGUAUCACAUCAUCCGCCAUGUCAUGAACCUGGAGGCAGUCAACACGUAUGAAGGUACCCAUGAUAUCCAUGCUCUCAUUCUGGGCAGAGCCAUUACAGGUUUGCAGGCAUUUACUGUGGAGCAGUAAAUUUGUUGCCCGUUGACAUUGUACUACAGACAAUGCUGCUGGUUUGUCUAGUGAACAUACUGUUUGAAAAUACUGAUGCACAAACGUUAGGGGAAGGGGGGGUAAAUUUUACACUAAGUUGUUUGUUCAAGCUUUUCGACAUUGUGUAAUUACUGUAAGUUGCCCUUUAUCAGAAUAUUUUUCUACUGGAAAUGAUAUUGUACAUUAAUAAGCCGAGUAAGAGAGAGGGAAACGUAAGUGUUCAAAUAAAGGUCAAAAUCUCUUAGUAAGUACAAUGUGCAGGCAAACCAUCUCUCCGAAUGUAUUUGUAUUGAUAUAUUAUAAGUAUAUUAUAAAUAUAUAAGUAUAUUAUAAAUAUUAUAAGUGGUUUUAAACCUAAAAAUCAAGGAUUUGGCUUAGGUCUAGCACAUUCAGUGUUUCUGUGUGUAAAAUGUGCAUGUAAUUUAGUUUUUUGUGAAAUCAAGUUUAAAGUUUUAUUUUGGUUUUAACUGAUGGAUGAAAAAUGCUCAAAUGUCAUUUGUAUAUUUCAGCAGUAUUAUUUUUAAGCCAUGUCUGGCUAAACAAUGUGUCUGCUUUAUUAAAUUGAAUAUAUAAGAGCACUUAAAUAAAGUCUGAUUUACUCUGCUGGUUAGCAAAGCAAAACAACCACAGGUAAACAGCACAAUAAUCACAUUCUCUUGAUUUGAAAUAUAUGAUUAUCAGUCUGAGAAAUUCACUGUAAUAAGAUAUGAAACAAUCUCAAAUAUUUAAAAUCAACUAAAUGUAAUACAAGGCUGGUGGUGAGAUAAAGCACAAAUAGUUUAAUAGCUUCCAAUAAACAGAAACAAGUUUAAUAAAAACAUAUUAAUUCAGAAUAAAGCAUUUCAUAUUA